UGGUGGGUAUAAGGGGGAGGAGCUCUGAUGGUUUGGUCUGUCAGCAUGCCAGGACCACAUUCUCAUCCUGCUGCCAUUGAAAGGGGCGGUAAAGACAUAAACAGGCCCAGUGGGAUUAGGGCCCACUCGGAGGAGUGAUCAGAGGGGAUUUGCUGCCCGGCGGGCACACAAUGGCACUGUCGGGUAACACACAAACACACACUACACAUGCUCACUGACAACAUUUCACAACAGACCUGAGCCUACAUAAAUCUGAUUAGAACAUCCUUUUGUUUAGGAAGCGGUACCGGGGUUAACAGAGGCUAGAUUUGCCGCAGGCCAUGUUUGAUAGGACAGGGGGUGUGUGGACGUUGGCGGGACGGCAAGGACAAAAGCCGGGGGUAUGUUGUGUUGUGGCGGGGUGUUUCCACGUGUGUGAAGCCCCAGACAGACAGGGAGGGUCAUGGCUGUGUGUGGAAGCACAAUAAUAGGAUGAAUAAAGGUUUUUUUCCCCCCUCAAUGGCUGGUUCUGAGUCAGCUGACGAUGGUGGAUGGUGACAGGAUCUAACCUAACGUUGGACAACAACACCGGCAGACAAAAAGACAGCAAGCCGGUUUGAACCUGUUCAAAUAAUCGGAACCAGAUUGAUUUGAGCUAAAUAUGUCAUGCACAGCUUCAGACUAGAUCUUUCUUUAUAAUUCUGCCUUUUUGUUCCUCCUCAGUGCCGGCUCUGGCCCAGGUUGCAGCCAUGCCUCUCCUGGAAGAGACCACUCUGCCACAAGAGCACCCACCCACCGUCCCUGUUGUCAUUAUAGGCAACGGGCCAUCGGGUAUUUGUCUGUCCUACCUGCUGAGUGGAUACAAACCCUACCUAGAUACGGCAACUGUCCACCCAAACCCAAUACUGUACAGGAAACUGCAGGAGACCAAGCACCUACCCAUCACUGAACAGGAUCUGGAGUAUUUGAGUGAAGGUCUUGAGGGGAGGUCAGGGAAUCCAGUGGCUGUGCUUUUUGACACACUGCUGCACCCCAAUGCUGACUAUGGCUAUGAGUUCCCUCCUGUCCUUCAGUGGAGGAGGGACAAGCAGCAACACCUCCCACAUCUGGUGCUGGGGAGGGCAACACCUGGAGGUGCCUGGCAUGCAAUGGAAGGCUCCAUGUUGACUAUUAGUCUUGGCAUCUGGAUGGAGCUUCCCGGAGUCAACUACAGAGACUUGACCAAUGGGAAACGCAGGGAUGUAACCAGUGACAGAGCAACCCCAGAGGAGAUCUCAUCCUAUUACCGUAACUAUGUGCAGCUAAAGGGCCUCCAAAAGAAUUUUGUUGACAACACCUAUGUGACCUCCGUCCAGAAACUCUGCCGGGGGCAUGAUGGGCAAACUGAUGAAGGAGAUGUGCAGGUGGGAGAUGGUAAUAAUGAGGGCUUUGAGGGUAGUGGAGUUGAGUGUGUAGACGAUGGAGGAGGGGGGGUUCUCUGGGAAGUAAGGGGAUACCAGCAGGUGCAGAACGACACUCAUGUACCCUUCUGUCUAUUCGCUGAGAAUGUGGUUCUUGCCACUGGUGCAUCAGAUUCACCGAUUCGAUUAGGUGUAGAGGGGGAGGACCUUCCAUUUGUAUUCCACAGUAUCUCAGACCUGGGGUUGGCUGUAGGCCGGAGAAAGCUGGAUAUGAACUCUGAUCCGGUUUUAAUUGUAGGUGCCGGUUUAAGUGCUGCAGAUGCAGUUCUGUGCGCUUGCAACAGCAACAUUCGGGUGCUGCAUGUCUUUCGCAAGAGCGUAGAUGACCCAGAUCUCAUUUUCAAACAGCUGCCCAAGACCCUGUACCCAGAGUACCACAAAGUUUACAACAUGAUGUGCUCUCAGACCUACACAAAUGUGGCCACCUCCUCUGCUCCUAACAGACCCCAGGCAGUUAGUAUUGCCUCUUCGGUAUGUGCCAAGAUGUGCCCAAAGCCCCAGCUGGCCACAGGUAAUAUGGCUGGUAACGCCAGUGUCGGCUUGUUUCCCGACUACACUAGUUUCCCAGAACACUGCGUGGUGUCCUUCCAGUCUGACAUGAAGUGUUUGCUCCAGGGGAUAAACUCCCUCAAGGCAUUCAAGAUCUCCAUGGUCCUGGUGCUGAUCGGGACCAACCCCAACUUGUUUUUUUUGAAGGGGCAAGGCCAGUACCUGGGUCAGGAUCCAACAAAACCCAUCUCUUGCAAGCAGAACACCAUUGACAUCCACCCAUACACGUUUGAGUGUACCAAGGAACCAGGUCUAUUUGCCAUGGGUCCGCUGGUGGGAGACAACUUUGUUCGCUUUUUGAAGGGUGGCGCUCUAGGCAUCGCCUCCUGUCUGCUGAAGAGACUCAAGAAGAAAGGAAAGCUCAUCAGCAGUGGAGGAAACAACUUAAUUUGAAAACCCGAUGGAGAAGAGAGUAGUACACGUUGGUUGUAGGGCACAGAUUUUGAGUGCUUUUAGCAACCAAUGUAAAAGGUGUGGGGGAGUUUUAAUAUGCUCUGAUCAUUCAUGCAGUAUUUUCUCAUCAAAGCUUAGACAUUUUAGAACUUAGAGACCAAAUAGACAGUGGAUGUACACCAAUUAGUUUCUAAAGAAACACAAGACCGCUUUCAAGAGUCUUGUCUGACUUCACAAGAAGUCCAAGCUACCGUGUUCCAAUGUUUUCUAGUCAAUCUGUAACCUCACAACUCAAUGGGACCUUAUAUUCAUCAGGGUUAUUUAUUUGUUCACCAUGUGUCUUUCAAUCCAUUCAUUUACUAACUUUACUUGACUUCAAUCAUGUUUUUAUAAAGAAUAUAUAAGAAUACUAACUUGUAGAAGCGACUUCUCUAAAAGCAAACUGUGGUCCUGCUUACAAACCUGCAAUGAUCUGAAUUCUACGCAACAUAGCCAAGAGUGGUGACUGUUUGCAGAGGUUUAUUACAGAAGAUGUGAACUGACUAGUGGCAAACUUAACAUUCCUGUUUAUUCUGAGCCAACCACAUUUUUUAAAAAUCCAGAUAUUGUUCUUUUAACUGCUGUUGUAGGAGCUAGUGUAGUUGGAGCUAUACACCUAAAACAAAGUUGGAAAUGUCUAAUAUACAUUUUUUUACAUUACUUGUCAUUUAGCUGCUUUUAUCCAAAGCAACUUCCAAUUAGUGCAUUCAAUAUCUAUGAGGACACUUCGGCAUGGGCUGGGAUUCGGGGCCACGACCUUCUUGUUGGAGGUCGACCGCUCUA